GAUUUAUGAAAACCAUGCUUCAAACUUCAACUUUGCGUACCAAAAUUUUCUUCUUUCCCCACACAGUCUCAGCACACGUGAAUGUCUCUCUCUCACAAUGCGAACCCAUGAACUCAUAUUCCAAGCCAACUUUUUUUUCAUAUUCCACUUCCCUUCCAAAGUUGCCACCCCGUGACAACCAAAAUCUAACACAACCUUAGCAAUUCCCCCCAGCUUCACACCCACUACCACCGGACGGCAUGUCGUUCAGGCAACGGCUUCCUCCGACGACACCUUUUCUCAUUCUGCUCUUCCUCUGCCUGUGCCUGCUUUCUCCAUCCACAUCAAACGAGCUUGAACCGCUCUUCAAGCUCAAGACCGCCCUUCAAGGCUCAAACCCAACUGUUUUCACUUCUUGGACAGAAGCCACUCCCAUAUGCAGCUUCACUGGUGUUGUCUGCAACUCCAAUGGCCUCGUCUCUGAAAUCAACCUUUCUCAACAAAAGCUUUCUGGGAUUCUUCCAUUCGACUCAAUUUGCUCGCUUCAAUCUUUAAAGAAGCUUUCUUUGGGAUGGAAUGGCUUGCACGGAAGCCUAACAGACGACUUGAAAAACUGCACGAGUUUGAAGCAGUUGGAUUUGGGUAACAAUUCAUUUACAGGGAAAGUUCCUGACUUGUCAUCUCUGAGCCAAUUAACCCUCUUGAGUCUGAAUGGUAGCAGAUUUUCAGGGGCAUUUCCAUGGAAAUCACUAGAAAAUCUUACCCAAUUAACUUUCUUGAGCCUUGGAGACAACCCAUUUGAGCUAAGCUCAUUUCCUGCAGAGGUUAUAAAGCUUGACAAGCUUUAUUGGCUGUACCUCACAAAUUGCAGCAUCACUGGACAAAUCCCAGAGGGUAUUGGAAACCUUAUUCUGCUUGAAAAUCUGGAGCUUUCUUGUAACCAACUGUCUGGUGAAAUUCCACAAAGUAUUUCAAAUCUCAAGAAGCUCAGGCAGCUUGAGCUUUAUGAAAAUUUGCUUACUGGGAAACUCCCAGCUGGGCUUGGUAGCCUUCCAAGCCUUGUGAAUUUUGAUGCCUCCGCUAAUAAGCUUGAAGGUGAUCUGUCUGAGCUGAGGUCCUUGACCCAGCUUGCCUCUCUGCAACUCUUUGAAAACCAAUUAGAAGGAGAGAUUCCUGAGGAGUUUGGGGAGUUCAAGAGCCUUGUUAAGCUCUCGCUUUACAAAAACAAGCUCACUGGUACUCUUCCUCAAAAGCUUGGUUCUUGGGCAGGCUUGGAUUAUAUUGAUGUAUCAGAGAACUAUCUGACCGGUCCUAUACCACCUGACAUGUGCAACAAUGGAAAAAUGGUUGAUUUUCUUCUGCUGCAGAACAAUUUCACAGGUGGGAUCCCGGAAAACUAUGCCAAUUGCAAGUCUUUGAAUCGGUUUCGUGUGAGUAACAAUUCGCUUUCGGGUAGUGUCCCUGUUGGAAUGUGGAGCUUGCCAAAUGUUAUCAUCAUUGAUCUUGCUAUGAAUCAAUUUGAAGGUCCUCUGGCACCAGAUAUUGGUAAGGCAAACUCUUUGUCAUUGUUGCUCUUAGCUAAUAAUAGAUUCUCAGGUGAGUUGCCUGAUACUUUGUCAGAAGCUACCUCAUUGGUCUCAAUUCAGCUGAGUGUGAACCAGUUUGAGGGUCCAAUCCCAGAAACAAUUGGGAAUUUGAAGAAAUUAAGCAGUCUUCAUUUGGACCAAAAUAUGUUGUCUGGUACCAUACCAGACUCAUUAGGCUCAUGUGUUGGUAUCUCUGAAAUAAACCUUGCCCAAAACAAUAUUUCUGGCCAAAUCCCAUCAAGUCUGGGAUCAUUACAUAACCUAAACUCCUUGAACCUAUCUGGAAACCAACUUUCCAGUGAAAUUCCUACCACUUUGUCAUCGCUCAAACUCAGCCUUCUUGAUCUGACAAACAAUCGGUUGAUUGGACGCAUACCGGAAUCACUAUCCAUUCAAGCCUUUAGUGGAAGCUUUGAUGGGAAUCCGGGUUUGUGCAGUCGGAACAUGCAAAAUGUGAGGCCUUGUUCUUCAAAUUCAGGAACUUCUAGAAGACCCCGAAUAUUCCUGUCCAGUUUCAUUGCUGGAGUACUUGUUCUGCUUGUUGUGGUUGCUGUUAUCUCGCUCUUGAAGCUGAGGAGGAAGAGUCUUGACCAUCCAUUGAAGAGUGAUUCUUGGACUAUGAAGCAGUACCAUGUGCUAAGCUUCACAGAAAAGGAAAUCCUGGACUCAAUCAGAGCUGAGAAUUUAAUUGGCAAAGGAGGUUCAGGGAAUGUAUACAAAGUUGCACUGAGUGAUGGGAAAGAACUUGCUGUAAAGCACAUUUGGACCACUUCAGACACCUGUGACCGAAAAAGUUACCGAAGCAGCGCUUCCAUGUUGAAGAAGUGCAAACCCAGGUCCUCAGAGUAUGAUGCAGAGGUGGCCACACUGAGCUCUCUGAGGCAUGUGAAUGUGGUGAAGCUCUACUGCAGCAUAUCAAGUGAGGACAGCAAUCUGCUGGUUUAUGAGUACUUUCCCAAUGGGAGCUUAUGGGAUCAGCUGCACACAAGUAACAAGAUGAAGAUGGGGUGGGAGGUGAGGCAUGAGAUUGCAUUGGGGGCUGCAAGGGGGUUGGAGUAUCUUCACCAUGGUAAUCACAGACCUGUGAUACACAGGGAUGUGAAGUCUAGCAAUAUUCUGCUGGAUGGGGAUUGGAAGCCAAGAAUUGCUGAUUUUGGGCUUGCCAAGAUUAUGCAGGUUGGUGCAGAUUGCACUCAUGUCAUUGCUGGGACAGUUGGGUACAUAGCUCCAGAGUAUGCAUAUACAUGCAAGGUCAAUGAGAAGAGUGAUGUUUAUAGCUUUGGGGUGGUCUUGAUGGAAUUGGUCACAGGGAAGAGGCCAACUGAGCCCGAGUUUGGAGACAACAUGGAUAUAGUGAGCUGGGUUUGCAGCAAAAUGCAGUACAAGGAGAGUGUGCUUGAAUUGGUAGACUCAAGCAUCUCAGAUUAUCUAAAAGAAGAUGCCAUCAAGGUGCUGAGCAUUGCAAUUCACUGCACCGCUAGGGUGCCGGUUCUAAGGCCUUCCAUGAGAAUGGUGGUUCAAAUGCUGGAAGAGGCAGAGCCUCGUAAACUCACCAGCAUAAAUAUUACCAAAGAAGGGUAAAAAUACCCACAAGAUGGCACAGAAGUAGCACAAUUGAAGGCAGAAGUUAUGGUUCAUUUCAUAUAUAGCCCAACAUACACAAUACAAAAAAUACACAAGCAAUGCUCUGUCUGUGAACUCCAAUAGUCUUCCUAGCUCCCAGAGAAGCUCCUGCCUACAAAACUUGGGAAGGAGCUCUAGUAUUUAGAUCUAUGCUUUGCAGGAGAGUUUAGUUUAGUUUAGUUUUUUUGGUUUUUUUUUUUUUUGCCCCCUCUUCUUUUUCCUGCUAAUUCAGAGGGUGUUACUUUGUAAUAUAAUUGUGUAAUAAAGCCAUCACUUUGGUUACA